GUUCCAUCCAAUAGAUGAUACUGAGUAAUAAUCAUUCUUUGUUAAAGCAAAUCAUUUACCAUUUGGGAAAAAAAGUCUAUCUUUGAGGACUUAGAUUGGCUACUAUAAAAAGUUUAUUCCUUUGAUAAAUAAGACCUUAGAUGUUUAAGAAACAACCACUUUUCAUUUGUAUCCUCUUAAACAUUAAGCAUGUAAGUAUGCACAUAUGGUACUUUAAAAUUCAGGACUGGAGAUGAAAGGAAAUAACACUUGAGACAUGUGAUUCAUGUAAUUUAUGUCAAAUAGCCCAAAGAGUUGUUUGUGAGCUUUAAAACCUGGGGCUGAGAACAUAGCAGAACAGGCCAAGACAUGCUCGGGCAGGCCCGUCGUUACAUGUCCUGACUGGCCUAGUGCCUCCCUAUCUCCUGCCCUUCUGACAGUCUGUUGAUAUUUAAAUGGACCAAUCAUGUGAAACCGUGCCAAUUCCUCCCCAGCCCCACCCCUUUUCUAUAAAAGUCCCUAGCUUCCAGGCCUCGGGGUCGAAACCACUGUCUCCUGUGGGAGAUAUGUGUCAGCCCGGAGCUCCAUCAUUAAACUACCUCAUGCUUUUACGUCAAGAUGGUCGUCUGUUCGUGAUUCUUGGGUGCGCACCAAACGGGAAUUGAGUGGGGGAUUCCCUACUAGGUUCUUUCAGAGAAAGUACUGUAACAGGUUGGGCAUCAUUCAGUUGGUUUUGUUUCUUAUUUCAGUUGAUUUGUUCUCCCAGGUGCCAAAGAGUUCCAAUUUCCCGACUUUGAUCUUAUUUUAGAUUUUCAUUUGAAAAUCUGUAGGGAUAACUUAGAAGGAACUAAACUGUAAAGAUAGCUUUGAUUUCAGUUUGAUACAUUUAGGGCGUUGCAACUAAGGAGUCAUCCGUCAACUCUCAUCACUGGUUUACUCAGUCCUUGAAGCAUAGGUAAUGUUAUUUAAGACCGAGUUGCUACUGAUGGUUCACUGGAAUGAAUGCUCAUUAGAAUUUCAUAACAUGUCUCUUCUCACCUGAACUUUGCCAUGGUGGGCUUCUCUUUGGCAGUUUAUUUUAACCUUUUCUGGGAGGGAGUGGUGGUGGCAGAGGAGUAGGGUGGCAGGUUUUUAUCAAAUUCCCAAGGUGGGCAGUACUGAACUCAGUCCUCCUGCUUCAGCUUCUGGAGUGGCUGGGACUUACUACAUCCCUUCCUGUCUUUGAUAGAAUUUAUCUUAGGUUGGCCUUAAACUCACUAUGUAGUGGAGGCUGGCCUUGAACUCUUCAUUUUCUAGCCUCUUCCCAAGAAGUGGGUUAUAGGAGUGCACCACAUGCCUACUCCUUCAAUGCUGUUCUUACAACAGUAUCCCAGGUUAUUGCCCUCGUGUGGAUAACUUGACCCGGAUUGAUCUCAAAGCUUUCGUGGGGUUGUGUGGAACAAGCAGGCUCCAGUGGGAAGUGGCACAUUACUCAGACUCUAACCUACCAGACUCACACUAGGGAAUAAUGAAACUAGUCAGAUUACAGUCCAACUGUACAAAAGGAUAGGGGUUGAAAUGGCUGGUGUGUUUUUUUUUUUUUCUUUUCGUUUUUUGUUUUGUUUUCCCCCAUAGCAAACACAGUUCCUGUCUUUUCUAAUUACUGAGUUGAGCAAAGGGCUCCGUGACACUAGUUGGUCCUCUGCUUCAUCUUGAGUUUGAAAUUACUAACAAAGUAUUUUCUAGGGCUGGAGAUAAAGCUCAGUUAGUAGCAUUCAUGAAACCCCAGGCUUGAUCUCUGAUACCACACACAACUGGUUAUGAUGGUGCCCUUGGGAGGUGGAGGUAAGAGAUCAGAAGGUCAAGGUCAGCCUUGCCUUCAUAGCAAGUUCAAGGCUAGUCUGUGCUGUAAAAGACCUUGUCUGCAAAUAUAGACCUGGUCUCCAAAUAUGUGUAUUUUACUUUUGUUAGCUCACAUACUUUUAGAUUCUCUUUAAGAGGCACAGUGACUGAAAGUUACUGUUUUGUUGAGCUUUCUCUUAAAGGUAGAAACAUUCCAUUGACGUCUCUAUGAGCUUUCUCCCUGUAGGACUCAUACUUAGGUUUUAAAAUGCCUUGUCCUGUUAACUUGGAAAGGUACAUGGCAGUUAGAGUUUAAAGCUUUGAAAGAAGAGCUAAGGCUAAGCUCAAGCUUCUAAUAGAUAUCAGAAUUUAGUACUGGGACUGGAGCAAGGCCUGCUGCCAGCCCUUAGUGAGGAUGAAUAGAAAUACUUGGGUCUAGGCAGAAGUCUUAGGAAGAUACAAAUAUUGGUGAGCAGGGCAAGUCUUUGAGAAGUACAGAUUUCCCAGCCACUCCACUCCAGUUUCUAAGGACAGCCAGUCACCUAGGAGAGUCUUGAUUUUAUUUUAGCAAUGAGGUUGGAACCGAGAGAUAGAUGCACAUUAGGCAGGUGCUCUACCACACACAAGGCCAGUUAAAAUGUAUCGAUAGUGUUCACUAGCUCUUCAUCCAAACAAACACAGUAAAAGAGAAACUGAUUGCCCCAAUGCAGCAGUUCCCUCUUAGAAUCUGUGGUUUCGCUUGCUGUGCUUUCAGCUCUUGGUUAGCUGUGGUCUGAAAAGACUAAAUAGAAAACUCCAGAAAUAAAUUUAAGUUUAAAACUGUACCCCAUUCUGCACAGCAUGCUGAAAUCAGCCAGCCUAGGCUGUCCUGCCUGGUACAUAAAUCCUACAGUGGGUCCACACUGUAUAUACUCUACUUGCCCCUUAUCCAUACAAUAUCUCUCAGUCAUCAGAUGGAAUCACAGUGCUUGUAUAUAGGAUUAUAUUGUGUUCAAUUUCAGGCCUCCAUCAGGAUGCUGGAACAACUUCUUAAAGAAACUGUGCAUAAACCUGUGAGAGAAGCAAAGAUGUCAGAUGACAUCAAGAAAAGGUUUGAUUUUCCGAAUUCUCUUAUCCAGUCUCAGGCUGUAGGUCAUCUUAUUGCUGCUGUCUUAAAAGAACAUGGUGUUUCAGAAAAGAUACACCAAUCCACAAACCAGACGGCUGCCUUGAACUUGCUGUGGGAGAAGUGCUGCAGUGACCAUGUGGUUGUGCGGACAGCCUGCAGCGAGGGACUGGUGGCACUUGUCGCCCAGGGUCAUGCAGAGUUCAGCUAUGUUCUCAAUGGGAUACUCAACCUGACUCCUUCUGCCAGGAAUAUGUCUGGUUUGAUAAAAGCCCUUAUGAAAUUAUUACAGAUGCAAGCACUGAGAGAAGGACAAAGCGGGGAAAAGGACAUUCAGGAUAUAUAUUCUAUCAGAAAUCCUCCUCAGCCUUUGAUCACCGUGCUUGAGCACAGGCCUGAUUGCUGGCCACUACUCCUGCAGCAGCUGACAGCUUUUUUCCAGCAAUGCCCUGAAAGGUCAGAAGCUUCAUGUGUCCAAAUAAUGGCGCCAUUUCUGUGGUAUCUCUACUGUGAACCAUCUCAGCUAGAGGAAUAUGCCAAGCUUCGACUGUCGCUGCUCAAAGUCUUACUUCAGCCCAGAGGUGUCUGUGAGGAAGCGCAGCUGUCAGUACGGGAGCAGAGCACCCUUCAGCUGUGCUGUAGCAUGCUUCCAUGCUUGCAGAUGAAAGAUCUGAUGCAGACAACAGAAAUGAUGCUGUUCGUCGAGGAAGUAUAUCUAAGCCUUCUGCGGCAUCCUGGCUUCUGGAAAAGUCAGCUUACCCAGCUGACCCUUCAGCUGCUGUGCAUCUGUGAAGUCAGCUUAAAGAUAACUGGGGAGUGCUCAUCUUUAAUUCACCUUUUAGAGCGCAGUGUUGAACUUCUUGGGGAGGAUUUUCCUGUCGAAUUGGUCAUUAUUGGAAUUGCUUUACUACUUCUACAGAUGCCAGCAAGUCAACAGAAGCCACUAUUAAACCUAGCUUUGAAGCUCCUCUCGCUUACUGAGGGUCAGAAAAUCCCGAAGGCAUCCCUGCUGCUCCUGGUGCCUCUUCUGCAGAUACUAUCUUCCACUGCCCUGGAAGACUGUCUGGCCAUGGGUGAGGAAGGCCCCUCCAGGCAGCAGUUAGCUCUCAGUCUUGUGGAAGUGCUACAGAAAGAGCGUCACGGAGACGACAGCCACACGAUCUCCUGCAGGCUUGCUUUUCCUGUAAGCAGCAUGUAUGGCUCCAUCUUCACAGCCUGGAGGAUUCUUGACGUCAUUGGAGAAGAGUCUGCCACUAGUGACUGGCUGGCUACAGUGGAGUCCUUGCUCUCUGCCACUACAGUGAUCCCCCCACACGUUUUCUUACUGCUGGCUUACCUGCUUGUUGAAGAUGUAGGGCAGAAUCUUCAGCAGAUACUGAGGGUCACCACACAGUUAGCUCAAGCAGAUUCCUCUCAGGUACCAAAUCUGAUUCCAGUUUUGAUGUUCAAAUUGGGAAGACCCUUAGACCCAGUAUCAUACAAUCACAUAUUGUAUACUUUGCCUACACUUGGUGUUCACAAGGUAUGUGUAGGGCAGAUCCUGCGGGUAAUUCAGCUGCUUGGGACCACUCCACGACUAAGAGCUGUCACGUUGCGCCUGUUGACAUCUCUGUGGGAAAAGCAGGAUCGUGUGUACCCUGAACUGCAGCGUUUCAUGGCCGUGUCUGACGCGCCCUCCCUCUCUGUGGGCAAGGAGCUCCAGUGGGAGAAACUGAUUGCAAAAGCUGCGUCCAUCAGAGAUAUAUGUAAACAGAGGCCCUAUCAGCAUGGUGCAGACAUGCUCGCAGCCAUUUCUCAGGUGUUGAAUGAAUGCACCAAGCCUGAUCAAGCUACUCCAGCCGCCUUGGUGUUACAAGGUCUUCAUGCACUCUGCCAGGCUGAGGUUGUCUGUAUCCGCUCCACUUGGAAUGCUCUCUCUCCCAAGCUGAGCUGUGACAUGAGACCACUCAUAUUGAAGACCCUGAGUGAACUGUUCUCUUUGGUUCCUUCCUUAACAGUCAAUACAGUUGAAUAUGAGAAUUUUAAAGUUCAAGUCCUCAGCUUCCUCUGGACUCACACUCAAAACAAGAAUCCCACUGUAGCAAGUGCUGCAUAUAAGUCUCUGUCUCACUUCAGUGCUGGAGAACACACCAUUCUUCACCUGCCAGAAAAGAUAAGGCCAGAGAUGCCUGUUCCUGGUGAGCUGGAUGAAGAGGAAUCUGUGGACCUUUCCAUUCCUGGCGCGUGCUUUCUCAGACUGCUGACCAUCACUGCCCCUUCGGUUUUACCAGCAUUGGAAGAAUUCUUUACAUCUCUUGUGAGACAAGAGAUGGUGAAUAUGCCCCGUGGGAUAUAUCACUCUGCAUUGAAAGGAGGCGUGCGCUCAGACCAAGGGAAGACAGUAGCAGGAAUCCCGAACUUCAUAUUGAAGACAUACGAAACAAACAAGCAACCAGGAUUGAAACCUGGCCUGGCAGGUGGCAUGCUGUUUUGCUAUGAUCUUGCCAUGUAUCAGAGCAAAGAUGGCAAGCCACUGAAUCGGCUGAUGGCCAGUAGAGGGCGAAGCUUCAAGCAGACAACACUGGCUCUCAUUCAUGAAGUCCAUGUCCAGCUUUCAGAAUGGCACCGUGCAAUCUUUCUUCCACAGGCCUGGCUUGCAUACAUGACUCGAGCUUACCAUGCCAUUUUACAGGGAAGGAUAGCAGAGCUGGAGCUGCAGCUGCAGCACGGCAAGGAAGGCCCUGAGGAGGUGCAAUACAAACGAAGCACAGCCUGGCUCUGGGUCAGAGACAUGCUGACAGAUGAGAUCACCAAGACAGCUGCAAAAGAGAGUCCGGUGGUGAAAGCCAAUGCCCUGUUAGCCUUAAGCAGCCUGGCCGUUGUGGUGUCCAAGCAUGAAGCCAGCCUUUGCUCAGACUCCGAUGGCGUCCUAGAGAUCCAACCUAAUUUCCUUCCAGUGAAAGAGUGGGUUUCCAUGGUGCUUAAUACUCUCCUGGUCAUUGUGGAUAGCCAUUACCACCCCAGUGGACAACUCUUCACCUGCUUUUAUCAUAAGUCCUAUUCUGGCGAGAACACAGCGAGCGCUAUUGCGCGCUCUGCUGCCGCCACGGCUUUGUCUCUCCUAGUGCCAGUUUUCAUUAUCUCAUGCAAAGAGAAGGUUGAGGAAAUCCUGAACAUGCUGACUGCCAGGUUACCUGGGAAACCAAGUGCUGAUGAAUCUCAGGCCGUGCAAAUCCACAUGGGCCUUGCGUUGGGGAUGUUUCUCUCUCGCUUGUGUGAAGAGAAGCUCAGUGACAUGUCUGGACAACAGAUGAACCUUCUUCUGAUGAAGUCCUUGGAUGCCCUGGAAAGCUGCUGUUUUGACCCCAGUCUUGAAUACAAAUACUCCCCAUAGCCAUAGCUCCAGAUGUUAGAAAGAUAUGGAAACGCUUGCCAUUCAAACACUGCAAGGUGCUCGACUGGGACUGUAGAGAUCAGCUCUCCAUCCGUCUCUAUGGUGUAGGUGUUUAUGUCUUAAAGGUAUCACAUGUCUAAGUGUAUCUAACCGUAAAUUUUAUCUUCAUGAUUGAUAAGAUUCUUAUUUCCUCAUUCUUUUCCUCCGAUAUUCAUCUUUGUAGUAAACAGCAGCAUUUAAAAGUGGGCCUGGACAGGGAAUGUAGAACAGGAUCGUGUGAAACACCUUCUCACUGGGAAGAGAGGUGCUUGUGUGUUAGAGCCUAGUUAAAGGUCCAAGCUUCCUAGCAGUCUUCCCCUGUCCCAUCCAAACUCCAGCAUUCCUACUAUUAGUGGAGGUCAGUAUUCCCUCACUCCAUCCAUCAGUGACCUGAGUUGCCAGCCCUAGGUGACGUUCUUUCUCAAGUCGCACUUGUCUAGCAACUGUGUUUUCACAUGUGCAUUUUGCGUACUUAAGUCCUAAUCACACCCAGGAGAGAGUUCUAAGCCGGACUCUUCAUCAGUGUGUGGAUAAAGAGGCUAGCCUCUGAGCUCUUGCCUUGUCAGUGGCAGAAUUAAGAAAUGGGCCUAGGACAUCUGAAUUCAAAACCAUUUUUAUUUUGUCUUGUGACUACAGUGUGAGGAACACAGUUCAGUGGGAAGAAAGCACUUCAUACUUGGCAGUAUGGCAGCAUUAUUAUUGUCAUCAUCAUUAUUGAUAUUCAAUUGUUCUCACUAAUUAAAAAAAAAAAACAAAAAAAGAUAUUUCUCCUUUUCUGACUUGGCCCAGGCCAGAAUGCCCAGUGUAUAGCAUAAAGGGCAAACCUCCAUCUGCCAGUGAGAUAGCAAGAGCACUGUUGUGAGGUGGUUCAUAGAUCCACGAGGAGUGUGCUACCUCAAAAGAUAGAGUUCUCCAGAGCAAAUACAGCAGGAUUCCCGGACUUACUGGUUAAGACCCUGAGAGGAAUACCUGCGCUGAGUGUCUGGUCCAAUUGCUAACAUUUUGCUGCCACCUAGUGGUCAUCUCCUUGCCAUUGCAGUCCUGACAGCCCUAACUGGUCCUGUUAUCCAUCAAUGACCUGAGCUUUGGUUAAUUACUAUUGAGCUGUUACAAAUACAAUAACAUUUAAAUUGUGCUUCGCAAAGGGCAAAGUGCUAAACAAAUGUUAACUGUUAUUAGAACUAAUUAUCAUAUGGCUUGUACUUAAUCUGUAGGAUUGCUGACAAUAAGCUAGGGAAUUCAAGACUCGUCUGUGAUUAUCUUAGAAAAGUAUUAUCAUAAUAUCUCAGUUGAUAUGACAAUAUAAACAUAAGAUUUGGGUAUUCUUUUGUGGGUUUUUCUGCUAAUAAUAUUUUAAUACACUGUGAUAAGACAUUCAAAUAAGUAAUGGCCUAGCAGUAGGCAGAAGGUUCUUUCCCUCCUUCCCUCUCUCCCUCCCUCCCUCUCUCCUUCCUUCCUUCCUUCCUUCCUUCCUUCCUUCCUUCUUUCCUUCUUUUUUUCCUUUCUGAGUGCACAUACAUGCACCCACAGGAUGCACACACAGGAGGAUAUGGGGGGGGGGGGCUUCAUUAUUGUUCUCCGUUGUGUGUUUUAGGAUAGGGCCUCUCACUGUUCUUGAAGCCUGUUUUGGCUGGGAGAGCUUGUCACAAAUCUCCAUCUCAUGGUGAAGUUACAAGCACCAUGGCCAUGUCCAGCUCUUUCAUGCAUGCUGGGAUUCGAGCCUCUUGCUUUCACACCAUUCACUCUUACCCACCGAACCAUCUCCAGCCCAUAUGUAGAACAUUAUGAUUAAAACUCCCUUUAACAUUUUCAGUAUUUGUAUUGAGUAUUUAUACUAGCAACUCCAAACACUGUUGACUAUCCCACAUCAUCGGCCGUUUUCACUUUAGUGGUUGGAGGCACCAACCCUUAACUCCCUUUUGUUUUCAGUGGACAGAUCAUGUGAAAACUAUAUCUGUCCAAGUGACUUGUGGUAUAGAACUGGCAGACAUAUCCAGAAGAUUCCCGAGUGGGUUAAAUGGGUGGAAGUGGCGAACUAAUCAUUUGGGGUAGUUUUUAAGACUUAGGACAUUAAAACAUGGAAGAUUUGAAAUGAAAAGAAAUAAAUCCUUAGAGAUGUUUUCUAGGUGUAAACUAAAAAUUGGGGUUUGGGGGAGGAACAACAAAGAAACCAUUUGAAAGGUCAAUGGAUUAUUUAAAUCAGAAGAGAAAGGUUAACAUUUAAGAUUUGCACUAAGGGUAUCUGACUUGUUACAGAUAUCAUUCAACAUAAUUUUAUCAACACAUGCAUACAGAGAGUUAGUAUAUUCAUAUGAUGCAGCAGUCCGCUAACACUGCAGCCUGGAAUAGAAUUGGAACUGUGCCUUAGAACUCUAGAGUAGAAAGUCACUUGUCGCAUUUAAAGUGCUGCAGAACUUUAGGGUGCCUUGAAAAGCAGAAUCUACAAACUUCCUUGUUCACUAAGUACAGUAAAGCCCAAUUUUUAUUUGAGUGUUGGAAGAAAUAAUCUGGCCAUACAAAUACAUUUGUCUAUCUUCAUUUAGUUUGGCAAGAAAUAGAAAUUGUGUUUUCCUGAUAGAAUCUUAUACAGUAUAUUUACUUUUGCCAACUAAACCUAGACAUCAGGAAUUGUGCAUGUGUGUGAGUAUGCACAUGUAUGUGUAGUCCCCUCAUUGUCUCUGUAGAUAUUCUGUCUACCCAACACUUAUAAAACUCACUUAGCCAAUUCUUCAGCACACACCAAAUACUGGACUAGUGACUCUGCAUCAAGUCAAAUACCAGAGGCUGAAGAUACACUGUAGUGAAGAA